UUAAUCAAAGGAUAGAAAGGUUGCCGUUGAAGAGUUAAGUUCUCUGUGCAAAAUACAAAUACGUUGUUAAGCAAUAAAAUUAUAAAUAAAAUUGAAGAAUCAAAAUUGUUUCGUUAAUAUGUAAAUAGCAAUAUCAAUAUUGUUUCUGCGUUACAAUAUUUUGCAAUCAUGAUUUUUCCACUGUAAUUUACACGGUACAUGACUACCACCCUAUGUUUCGCUCUGAUUAGUUAUCGUGCAAUUCACUUAUAUAUAAAUAUGCCUGUAACAUAUAAAUGUUGUGAAUAACGGUUGACUUUAAAUAAAAAAUUUGUUAGCAAGAGUGAUAAAGUAUAAAGAACAGUAAAGAAUCAAGAAUUAAAUAAUCCUGAUCGGUAUUUUUUUUGCAAAAUGAUUGAUCCCAGUUCAAGCGAGGAGGAAGGAGAUGAUGACCCAAUUGCAAAUGUGGUAUCGAAAGGUCGAAUUUCUCAUGCGCCCAAGGGCGCUGGUACCGCUUCUAUAAUAGGUGGAUGCACAGGAUCUGGCGUAGGAUCAAAUAUUCCUAUAUCUGGCUCUAACGGUGAUUUGGCCGUGAAUCAAAGACAAUCUAAUAUAAGUUAUAUUUCUAACCGAAAUGAUGUUGGAAAUAUUAGUGUGGCAGCGGGUCUAGGAGUCUCCUCUAACAAAAAUGAACAAAUACAUAGUAGCCGAGUUGAUACCGGGAGUCUAGAGGUACCCAACAAUGGUAUUCCGAGUGGUAUUUCGCAAGAAACUUUAAAUCAAAGUAUCGGAUCUUCGAGGGCCAACUCAUUACCAAGACCAUUGUCACCGUCGCCAUCUUUAAGUAGCGAGAAGCCUGAAACUGGAGAUUCGCAUGACAAACAUGAACGUGAAGAAGAGGAACGCAAACGACGAAUUCAGCUAUAUGUAUUUAUAUCGCGCUGCAUUUCAUAUCCGUUUAAUGCUAAACAGCCCACUGAUAUGACAAAGCGGCAAACAAAAAUAACCAAACAGCAAUUAGAAAUUAUAACUCAACGAUUUCAAGCGUUUUUAAAAGGUGAAACCCAAAUAAUGGCAGAUGAAGCAUUUCAAAACGCUGUUCAGAGUUAUCAUGACGUUUUUCUUAAAUCAGAAAGAGUUUUAAAAAUGGUCCAAUCUGGUGCAUCAUCCCAACAUGACUUUCGUGAAGUUUUUCGAAACAAUAUAGAAAAACGGGUCAGAUCCUUACCUGAGAUCGAUGGUCUUAGUAAGGAAACCGUUUUAACUUCUUGGAUGGCAAAAUUCGACAUAAUAUUAAAAGGAACUGGAGAGGAGGAUUCGAAGCGACCAACUCGGAUGCAGCAAUCACUAAAUAGUGAACUAAUUCUAUCGAAAGAGCAAUUAUAUGACAUGUUUCAACAAAUAUUGUUAGUUAAAAAAUUUGAGCAUCAAAUUUUAUUUAACGCCUUGAUGUUAGACUCUGCCGAUGAACAAGCAGCAGCUAUAAGACGGGAAUUAGAUGGACGAAUGCAGCGAGUAGGAGAAAUGGAAAAGAAUCGCAAACUAAUGCCCAAAUUUGUACUUAAAGAAAUGGAGUCUCUUUACGUUGAGGAAUUAAAGUCGUCAAUAAACCUUCUAAUGGCCAAUCUUGAAUCUCUUCCAGUAUCAAAAGGAAAUAUGGAUAGUAAAUAUGGACUUCAGAAGCUUAAACGUUAUAAUCACAGUACUCCGUCAUUUUUAAAAUUGAUACUGCGAUCCCACGGAUCCUUAUCUAAGUUGGAGGGUGACUCAGAGGAUGGUUCUACGCAACUGACAAAAUUAGAUGUUGUACUUACCUUUCAAUUGGAAGUGAUCGUUAUGGAGGUUAAAGGACUUAAAUCACUAGCGCCCAAUCGUAUUGUUUACUGCACAAUGGAAGUUGAAAAUGGCGAAAAGCUUCAAACUGAUCAAGCAGAGGCAUCAAAACCAAUGUGGGAUACACAAGGCGAUUUUACGACCACACAUCCACUCCCUAUUGUCAAGGUAAAACUAUAUACAGAGAACCCCGGUAUGUUGGCAUUAGAGGAUAAGGAACUAGGAAAAGUAACUCUUAAACCCACUCCACUAUCUUCAAAAUCACCCGAGUGGCACCGAAUGAUUGUUCCAAAAAACCUUCCAGAUCAAGACAUUCGUAUUAAAAUCGCUUGUCGACUGGAUAAACCAUUAAAUAUGAAACAUUGUGGACACCUUUAUGCAAUCGGGAAAUCUGUAUGGAAAAAAUGGAAGAGACGCUACUUUGUCUUAGUUCAAGUAUCCCAAUAUACAUUUGCCAUGUGCAGUUAUAAAGAGAAAAAAUCAGAACCGUCUGAGAUGAUGCAGCUUGAUGGAUAUACAGUAGAUUAUAUUGAAGCCGCAAGUGCAAACCUGAUGUUUGGCAUCGAUUUAAAUGGAGGCCGUUAUUUUUUCAACGCUGUUCGUGAGGGUGAUAGCAUUUCGUUUGCUUGCGAUGAUGAGAACGAAUGCAGUCUUUGGGUCAUGGCUAUGUACAGAGCAACUGGUCAGUCCCAUAAACCAACUCCACCAAUCACACAAGACAAAAAUUCUGCAAUGUCGAAGAUUCAAGGUGAUGCUGACAAAGCCCGGAAACAUGGAAUGGAGGAUUUUAUUAGCACCGACCCAUGUACCUUUGACCAUGCUACACUUUUUAAAACAUUACAAAACCUUACACUGGAAUAUAGGCUUAACGAUCCAUACGCGUCUCUGGGGUGGUUUAGUCCUGGACAAGUUUUUGUGUUGGACGAAUAUUGCGCCCGUUACGGGGUGCGGGGAUGUUACCGGCAUUUAUGCUAUCUUUCUGACCUACUGGAUCGCGCCGAAAAACAACACAUGAUAGAUCCGACGCUUAUUCAUUAUUCCUUUGCAUUCUGUGCAAGCCAUGUUCAUGGAAAUCGACCUGAUGGAGUAGGUAGCAUAACUCAUGAGGAAAAGGAAAAGUUUUCGGAAAUCAAAGAACGCCUACGCCAGUUGCUGGAGUUUCAAAUAACAAAUUUUAGGUAUUGCUUUCCAUUUGGCCGCCCUGAAGGUGCGCUUAAAGCUACACUAUCGUUGCUGGAAAGAGUUUUAAUGAAAGACAUUGUUACCCCGGUUCCACCUGAAGAAGUUCGUCAAAUGAUUAAAAAAAGCUUAGAGACGGCAGCACUUGUUAAUUACACGCGUCUCUCCAAUAAGGCUAGAAUCGAAGAAGACUUGCGAGGUGAAGUUAUUGUACCGGCGCCAAAAAAACUUGAGGAUUUAAUACAUUUAGCAGAACUUUGUGUUGAUUUAUUACAACAAAACGAGGAACAUUACGGAGAACUGCGCAAACAUGAUAAAAAGGAUAAAAUUGAUAUACGAACUGAAGAUGGUGUUGUAACAGGAGGCCAAUAUGUAAGCGAAGUUGAGUUAAGCGCUAGUACUGGACUAAUUAACGAACCUGAACUGGCCACUGCAUCAUCAACUGGUGGAUCGACAUUCCGUUACUGUAUGCCGACACAUGCAGUAUAUACCUCGCCAGUACCAACGGCCUUUGCAUGGUUUAGUGACUUGCUGGUUGAACACGCGGAGAUAUUUUGGUCCCUUUUUGCAGUUGAUAUGGAUAGAGUCUUAUCAGAGCAGGCUCCUGAUACAUGGGAUUCUUUUCCAUUGUUUCAAAUUUUAAAUGAUUAUUUAAGAGCUGAUGAUAAUUUGCGCAAUGGACGCUUUCAUCAGCAUCUUCGCGACACUUUUGCACCAUUAGUGGUGCGCUACGUGGAUUUAAUGGAAUCAUCAAUAGCUCAGUCAAUACAUAAGGGAUUUGAAAAAGAGCGCUGGGAAAGCAAAGGGAUUAACGCUGCUUUGAACCCUGCAGCAUUAAACAAUGCUGCCCAGGCGCUCAAUACAGCAGCUCUCAACCCAUCAAUGCUACUCAGCGGUAAAAAAGAUCAAGUAAAUUUUUAUGUGCCGAAGUUACCAAAGCAAUCAAAUUCAACAGCGGCCUGCGACGAUAUGAGAAAUGGGUGUGCUACUUCUGAGGAUUUAUUUUGGAAACUAGAUGCUUUACAGUCUUUUAUAAGAGACCUACACUGGCCAGAUGCGGAGUUUCGACAACAUUUAGAACAGCGACUAAAAAUGAUGGCCGUCGAUAUGAUAGAACAAUGCAUACAAAGAACUGAUUCGUCUUUUCAGUCAUGGCUGAAAAAAAACAUUGCCUUUAUAUCCACUGAUUAUAUUCUACCUUCUGAAAUGUGCGCUAUGGUCAAUGUGAUAUUAGAUGCUAAAAAUCAAAGCUUUAAAUUGACCACUAUCGAUGGCAUUGAUUUGUAUAAAUUUCAUGCAAAAAUUGACGAUCAAAUUGACAAAGCGAAUGUAGCUAUGACACAAGGUCUAAGCAGUAAACUUAUGUCAGUGCUAGAGUCGACUUUGUCAAAGCUAGCACGUUACGAUGAAGGUAGCUUAAUCGGCUCGAUUCUUAGUUUUACAAAUGUUUCGAGCUCAGGAAAGGAUCUUGGACAAGGAUAUGUAAAUUUCUUUAGGAAUAAUAUGGAUCAAGUACGAGGAAAGAUUGGUGACGAUUUAUGGACCCUGAAUUUUUUUGAGCAGUGGUAUUCGCAGCAGAUAAAUAUGCUAUGUAAUUGGCUGUCGGAACGUUUGGAUCACGCUCUACACUAUGCUCAAGUUUCGUCUAUUUCUCAUAUAACUAAGAAAAUAUAUUCCGACUUUGAACUACAAGGGGUAUUGGAAGAUAAAUUGAACUCCAAAGCAUAUCAGGCAGUCGCGCAGCGCAUGGCAACUGAGGAAGCAACAUGUGCUUUAACAAUGCCUGACGUUAGCGAAGAUGAGCCCUGCGAUGAUAUUCGAGAAGGAGAGGAGGAAGAUAAUGGUGACGAAUCUACCUCUAACUUACCAAGGGGCUUACCUAAACCAAAAGUGGCCGCCGCGCAAGCUGCUGCUGUUACCAAUGUAGUGGCCGGACGUGUGGGGAACUUACUGGGCAAAGGUAUUGGCGGCCUUAGUUCAAAGUUAGGAAGUGGAAGUUGGUUUUAGAAGCUGGUAGUAUUUUUUAUACUUUUGGAAAUCAAAGUUUUAAUUUACUUAAUUUCUCCCAAUUUUUUUUAAAUAAAUUUAUUGUAUAUUUCUUAAAUAUUUAAGAUGCCAAUAUUGAUAUACACGUAAACAGCUUCUAAAAGGACCUCAAACCCUUUGUCAAUAAGUUUUAAACCAAAAGUUAAAUUAUUUAGCUACUUUAUUAUAGGAAACCCAUUACUAUUAAUUCAGCUUCUUUAGGGUUAUAUAAAGGUACAAUAUCCACCCUAUUUCUUCUUUAUUAAAAAUAACGUAUAAAAUCAACUUAUUCUGAACAAAUCAUAAAUAUUUAUAUGUUAUUUUUAAAUAUUUCGAUAAUACUUGCUUCUCAUAACUGAAAAUAAAGUUGUUACCUGACAAAACUUGCUUUCUCUAUAAAAUUCAAUAUAUUAUCUAAAGUUGUCCUAUCUGAACACAUCAUUUUGGCUUAUCAGAUGGUUGAAAAACUCCCGCUAAUGGUCAAUAUGUAACUUUCAAGUAAAGUUGGGAUUGGUCUUUAAAGAUUUAAUAGAAAGGUAAUUGUUUCAUUUGUUGGCUCAACCACAAUGACUAUCCCCAAUAAUUCUGAAAUUAACACUUUCUUUACAGUCAGAAUAUUAAAUUGCUGAGUUACUACCUGUUAAUAGAUAUAUGAAUAAAACUGCAUAUUUGCUUUUA